GUUCAUGGUAUCAAGAGCCUAGGUUUUCUAUCAGAAAAACACAACAAAAAAAAAAAAAAAACACAAACAAAAUUCCACACCACCGAAUUUUUCCACGGAAAUUUUCUUUCGCAGGUUUGGUUUUCACGCUACAGGACAAAAACCCACAGCAUUUAUUUUUUUUUAACGUCAAAGAUUCAAUUUUUUUUUUAAAUUUUCUUUCUUUCUUCCUCGCUAUCUUUGACGUUCUUUUCUUCCUGGCAAUGGAGUUUCCUCCACACUCUUCUGCUGCCUUUGCUGCCACCGUGCCGCCACCGCCGGCUACCUACUCGGCCGCGCCCUUGUUCCCGUCGUCGCCUACCUCUGCCGCGACAAACCCAGCCACUUCCGGCCAGCAGCCCAGCGCUGCGAAUUUAUUCUCGACACCUCUUUUCGCUGCCGGACCCUCCGCGUCAUACACUGCCGCCGCCUACUCCGGCCUUGACGCCGUCUCACCGGGAUCCACCUCCCGCACUCCCCUGAGAUUUCCGCCUGGUUUCCUGGCGCCCCAACCACCACCGCCGUUGUUCCCGGCGACCUCCCCACCACCUUCCUUUGGGUUUCAUCAACUUUCUGCUUCGAAUCUUAGUAAUUUGAAUAAUUCUGGAUGGAGAAAUCAGGGAAGGAAUAACAGAAACAGAUGUGGUAAUAAUAAUAAUCGUGGGGGUAAUAAUGCUCGGGGUAAUAAUGGUGGGAAUGGAGGAAACAAUAAUAAUCGUGGCUCUGGAGGAAACAACAACAACAACAAUGGUAAUCGGAGACGAUCAAAUGGUAUAAGUAAAUUUUCUAACUUGUCAUCCUAUAGUAUGCCUUGUGUAGAUUAUAUUGCUAAUAAUUUGUUGUCUGCAGAGAGUAAUUCAUCAAAUAGUAACAAUGUUACCUCUACCCCUACUUCCGAUACAUGUGGUUUGUGUUGGUUUUCAGGUCACCAAGCUGCCUAUUGUCCGCAACGUUUUAAUCAUAGCUUUGUUCCCUCCUCUUCAGAAAGUGUCACUCGAGCCUUAGCUGCACUGUCUGUUGGUGGUGAAGCUAAUGACUCAGUCUGGUACCCGGAUUCGGGAGCUGCAUCUCACAUGACUCCUCAGGAUGGACCAAAUCACGGGGGAAGUUCUGUUUCAGGGAACCAGUAAACAAGGUGUCUACCUUCUACAGCCCAGCAUUGUCCCUCAUGAGCCUUCAGUUUCUGCUUUCCUAUCCCUUAAGGAGUCUGGCGACGUGUGGCAUGCUCGUCUGGGUCAUAUCUCUUCUAGCAUUUUAGGAACUCUAUGUUCAAACAAAUCCAUCACAUGUACCUCUAAGUUUCAUGAUGAUUGUGUAGGAUGUAAGGUAGGAAAAAUACAUUGUUUACCUUUUGAUUCUGUUCAACAUAUUUCUACAUAUAUCCCUUAUAUAAAAUUCAUAGUGAUCUUUGGCAAUCUUCUGUUUUGUCAAAUCAAUUAUUUCGCUA